GUGUGUGUGUGUGUGUGUGUGUGGUUUUAUGUGUGUGUGUGUGUGUGUGUGUGUGACUGUGUGUAUCUGCUCAGCAUGUGCAUAGACUUUGUACCCAGUAACUGAAGCUUGAACGUACACUGCAGAUUUCCAGUGACAGCAAAUCUUCGGUGGCUUUUCAUUUUUACACCAGUUUGUGUGGCUGUUUCUCGUCACUCUGGACACUGAGAUGGGAAUAAACUGCAGUACUUCUCCAAAGACCACAGACUGCCUGUACGACACUGCCAGCCAUGCAGGCCUGGUUCCGGAUGCCUCACUGGAUGCCUCACUGGCCUCUCUGCUGUCCUUGAACUCCUCUUGGGUUCUGGAGCAGCAGUACUCCGUCUUGAAGAGCAACAUGACCUGGCAGCAGAGGUCUGCCUUCAACCAUGACCUCCACACGCUCUUUGGAGGAAACACCACGGUGAGUUAUGGAGGAGUGGGUGUGAUUGCACUUGCCCUCUCAGUCUUGUUUGAGAUGCUAGCCCAUCACCAGACCACUAGUUUGGGCUCCUGGAGCCCCAAGGUCCAUCCCCCACCUCCGGACCCCAUACGCAGAAUGUUCGGGGCUGACACGGGGUCGAACAUCAGCUCCAUUGCCAGCAUGUUUCUCAAACAGAUUCCUGGGGCAGCCAAUGACCUGGAAAAGAUGGCAAAACUGCUAGAGGACUACGAGAGGAGGCUAAGAUCUGAGCUGACGCAUAUCUAUGGGAGGAUGAUGUUACAGGAGGGGAGCGCUCUCAGCUCUGCCAGGGUGAAGCAAUGGAUAAACGGAGCUGCUCUCCAUGUCCACACUUUCCUCCACUGGAAGCGUCUGACCAACCCAUCAUCUGGAGAAGUCCUAAGUCUAUAUUACCUGCAACAUGUUGACCCUCUUCUCAUGAGCUACAGAGAGUAUCUGCACAAAAUGGUUAAAGUGUUUCCGGCCUUGCUGAUCGUGGAGCCUCUCAGAAACGUGAGCCACAGGGUUCACUAUAAGGUCUGCGAGCGUAAGGACAUCCAGCGGACUCUGGUGGAGCGCUUCUUGUCAGAGCAGGACCUGCAGAGGGGAAAAGACUUCUUCCAGAGCUCCCACAAGCACCACGAUGCUCUGAUAGCACAGCAAGGACACUUUCAACUGGUUUGAGAACAGUUAAGACUGACUGGCCAUUAUCGAUGA